UCCUUGUGCCAGAGGAGUUCUCAGCCUGCUUCAGUGGAAGGAGGGAGCCACGAAGGAGGCCUGGCAUAAGUCCAAAGAUGAUAAUUACAACAUGGCUUGUGUACAUUCUCGCCCGGAAAGGUGCCGGGUUCCCCUUCCCACCGAAAGUCAGUUCGGACGUGGAAGUUGUGGAGAGCGAGGCUGUGUCUGUAGUACAGCACUGGUUGAAAAAGACUGAAGAAGAGGCUUCCCAGGACAUAAAGGAGAAGAUGUCCACCAACUGCCCUCCCACGCAUGGCCAAGAUGUACAUGUGACCAGAGACGUGGUGAAGCACCACCUCUCAAAGUCUGAUUUGUUAACAAACCAGAGUCAGGAGGUCCUGGAGGAAAGAACAAGAAUCCAGUUCAUAAGAUGGAGCCAUACCCGUAUCUUCCAAGUGCCGAGCGAGGUGAGAAAUGAUGCCAUGCGAGAACGGAUAGAGCAGGUGAGACGAAGCAUAUGCCAUCUUACGGAUGAGGCAUCUCAGGAGCUUCACAAGAGAAACUCCUACUCAGACUGCUGAGAGCAGCAGGGUCGAGGAGCAGCCUGUGUUGGAAGGAUGUCCACCCCACCUUGACCUGAGGAGUGACCACACCUGGGCAGAGAGAAUCCAGUGGGUGAGCCCUUCCUUGUGACAGUGGCAGCACUGGAGUCUUCUUGCUGAACUGCUGAUAAAGAGAUGGACUGUUUAACCGCCA